GGAAGUCCUUAUGCCUUGUGUGUUUCAUGCAGCCAGCACGCUGUUGUUAGUAAGAAUCAUCCAGCCUAGUUUCCUGAUAUGAAAUCGGGAAUAUUUAAAAAUACACUGAAAUGAGUGUCCUUUUGAUUGAAGCAUUCUAUGGAGGGUCUCACAAACAGUUAAUGGAUCUACUACAUGGAGAAAUAGAAGGCUGUGUUUUGUAUAGUAUACCAGCUAAGAAAUGGCAUUGGAGAGCCCGUACUUCUGCUCUGUAUUUUAUGCAAAAUAUUCCACCUAAUGACAGCUACAGAGUUCUGUUUACAAGUUCUGUGCUUAACCUGGCUGAGUUAAUUGCCUUACGUCCUGAUCUUGGAAGAUUGAAAAAGAUCCUUUAUUUCCAUGAAAACCAAUUGGUAUACCCUGUUCAGAAAAGUCAGGAGAGAGAUUUUCAGUAUGGCUAUAAUCAAAUUCUUUCAUGCUUGGUUGCUGAUAUUGUGGUAUUUAACUCUUCUUUCAACAUGGAAUCCUUUCUGACCUCUAUAAGCAAGUUUCUGAAGAUGAUACCAGACCAUCGCCCCAAAGAUCUAGAAAGAAUCAUCAGACCCAAAUGCCAAGUCCUUUAUUUCCCAAUCAAAUUUCCAGACUUUAGCAGGUAUGAAUUUCAAAUACCCCGCACUCCAGCCAGGUUUGUUCCACACCAUAAAUGCCUUUCUCAGGAGAUAGUUAAUUAUAAAUCAGAUACAAUUUCUGAUUGUUGUACAAAAAUAUCAUGCCAAUCAGAGAGCAAGAUUACUAAAUCUGUGGAUGAUUGUCAUCAGUCUGGUCUUGGUAAUCGACAUAUAGAGGAAAAUACACUACAACAAGUAGUGUCACCACCUAUGGAUCUCUAUAAUAUUCAAUCACCAGUACAAGGACAUAGUUGUGAAGAUGAGUUCCCUGUAAUUUCCGAUCCAUGCGCCACAUUGAAAGUAAUCCGAGAUGAGCAAAGGCCUUUGCACAUUGUCUGGCCUCACAGAUGGGAGCACGAUAAAGAUCCAGAAACCUUCUUUAAAACAUUGCUGAAGCUAAAAGAAAAAGAACUAUCGUUUCAUGUAUCUGUCCUUGGAGAAACAUUCACCGACGUACCAGAUAUAUUUUCAGAGGCCAGAGUAACCUUGGGAUCUUCAGUUUUGCACUGGGGCUAUUUACCCAGUAAAGAUGACUAUUUUCAAGCUCUCUGCAUGGCUGAUGUUGUCAUUUCAACAGCUAAACAUGAGUUCUUUGGCGUGGCAAUGUUGGAAGCAGUGCAUUGUGGGUGCUACCCCUUGUGUCCCAAAUCGUUAGUGUACCCAGAAAUCUUUAAAGCGGAAUAUCUGUAUUCUACACCUGAACAGCUUUUGAAAAAGCUUCAGAAUUUCUGUAAAAGACCUAGCCUAGUGAGGAAACAUCAGUUCCAGGGUGAGACUGCGCAGUUUUCUUGGGCAGCUUUACGUGGUAAAUUCAGGUCUCUGCUCAUAGCAGAACCUAGAAAAGAUAUGUGACAGAUGGGGCUAAGUCACAAACUUGCAGCCUAAGGCAGAAUUUGUAGAACUUUCCAGAGUGUGCCCAUAUUUACCUGAUCAGAGAGAAAAGAAAAUCUGCAGAGGAAGCUGAGCCUGGCUGCUUGUCAUAGCUGACACAGAGCCAUCUGCCACAAACCUGUGGCGGCUUCAGAACUCCAAUCCCUGCCACCACCCCAAGUCAAAUUAAAUACAGAUUCCCUGAGACGUUAUGAUAGUUACACAUGUCCUCGGCAUCACAUGCAGGAGACUGUUCAAAAAAAAUAUGUGGCCUGUUGUAUAACCGCACUCAUGUAUCCCAUAUGUGGUGCCACAUUGAAUUUCCGGUUGAAUCUGUUUUUAUCCUUUGUACUGGAUGACAUGGUGCCUGAAUUCUUUCUUUUUUGCCGACACGAUGGCAGCCAAGCUGCAGCUUCAAACGUUCACACUUGGCUGGAUUUCUACCUAGGUUGCCAGGUUAUCAUUCGAGCCUUAUUGUGUCCUCAAAGGGCCACAGGGUCUGAAAGGAGGAUCAGAGUGCUACUGGGCUAAUUGGGCAGUCAGCCAUGAAUUGUUUGCAGGCAAAGGGCUGCUGUAGCACUUUCUUUUUGCAAAUUAAUGACUCCCUGGCACAGAGGUUUUUAAGUGAAGGUAUUAAUAAGGGGUCUGGCAGGUAUUCCCAUGAUUCACAGAGUUGCAUUUGCAUUUAAUUAAUCUUAAAGAAAGCUGCAAGAUAAACAGCUGUAAUUCAAACUAACAUGGGAAAUAUGUUUCAUGGUCCCAUCAAUCCGAUAAAAAAAUAAAUAUGAAAGCGCAGAAGCUUGUUUCAUUUCACUCACGCAUAGAGAACAAAUAGAUAACACAGAGACACAUAUUUAUCUGUUACAAGAAUACAGAUCUGAAAUCUUUACAUUGGUUAUUAUUUCUAGAUAAGUAUAGACUUGCUGUUUGUCGUUGAUUUUUGAUGUCCAGUGGCUUAAAAAAACUUUUUAUGUAAUAAAUGCUAUUUUUUUAAAAAUAAA